AUGGCUCUACAGAGGUCAGCUUCACUGCUGUUGGCUUCAAUCAUUCUCCUUCACGUUGUGCAGUCAGAUCCUUUGACCCCAGCCAACAGUUUGCAGCUGCUGCCUGAAAGUAAAGAGAAAACAGAGAAGAUCCUAAAUUUUGGGAAAGAGUCCCUCAAUCUUUUCAAAGAUGUCAUGGAAAACACCGUCUCUACGGAGCUGACAGCAAUCAUGAAGGGCAUCUCCAGCUUUGCUGUUUUUGCACCUGCAGUUUCCUCAUUCAUCAACAUGAUCCUGAUCUUCAUCCCUGCAGAAGACCCAGAGCUGAAUGAGCUGAAGAAAGGCUUUGCUGAGGUGAACCAGAAACUGGACUCUCUCUACAUUAAGAUCUCCAACCUGGCAACAGACGUGAAAUGGUUCAACUACGCCAGCGUCUACUCCGAAGACGAACGGAACAUCCUGAAUACCUGGAAGAAGUUUAGUGGGUUUAUGGAUAGAAGAGAAUCAUCAAGUCCUGAGGAAACAAAUCAACACGUUAAAGCUUUCAUCACCUUCUAUGAAAGAUCAGGAACUGAGUCCAGCGUGUUGAAUCUGUAUCACUACCUAACAGUGGGCGGCACGUCUCUGAGCGAAAACAUCAACGAUCUGCUGAAGGAGAAGUUUAAAUGUGACGUUUCUGUGAUUGGCAGAUAUAAUUUGUACUUGGGCAGCUUGUUUUGGAAGGGAAUGGUUCUGACCCAGUUUUACUGGAAACUUACUGGUGUCAACACUAAAGGCAAAGAAGCUGAACAUGUUCAGAUGUUCAAAAAGGUUUCUGAGGCUCAGCUGUCAGCGGUGGAGUUCUGCCUCAACAACUACGAGCAAUACCUGAAGAAAGACGUGGAGGAAAUCAUCCAAGGUCACAGUUCUGACAAAGCGUCGCUCGCAAAUAAGAUUAAACAAGUUUUGGACGAGCGCGGUUUUCCUGCAGGUGGGAGUGCGGCGGGCCGCUCCGGCUGCAGGCCAGGAACGAAGACAGCAGCAGCAGCAGCAGCAGCAGAACCGGGCCAGACGGCGCCAUGCCUGAGGACAAACACAGGAACGGUCAGGAUUCACUUCAUAAAGUCGCUCUGCUAA